CCCUCCCACACCAACACCUCCCCUUCCAUACCUUGAGCAGCAUGGAGAGGGACGCAGAUCCGGCCACGCACUUUUUUCCAGACGGAGACGUCGAUCUCUAUGGUGCCCUCGGUAUAGAGAAGGAGGCAGAAGCGGAUGAGAUCAAGAAAUCGUACAGAAAGCUCGCCCUUCGCUACCACCCAGACAAGAUCGCCCUGACAGCCACAAAGGAUGCCACCAGCUCCUCGGGCCCCUCAACCUCAGCCGCCGACCUCCAGCAGCGCUUCCAGCAAAUCAAUUACGCCUACACAGUCCUCUCAGACGAGAAGCGUCGCAAGCGCUAUGAUGAUACAGGCCGGACCGACGAGGGGAUGGAUGAUGUUGACUGGACGGAGUGGGUCAAAGACUUCGGCAAGAUCGACGCUGACAAGCUGGACAAGUUCAAGAAGGAGUAUCAGCACUCCGACGAGGAGAGACAGGACCUUCUUGAUGCGUAUGUCCAAGCUGAGGGUAGUUUGGAGGAGAUCUUCACCCUUGUGCCUUGCUCCGAGGUGCUUGCCGAUGAGCAGCGAUUCGUCCAAACGAUCAAUGCUGCUAUCAAGGCCGGCGACAUCGACGAGCUUCCGGGCUGGAAGAAGAGUACGGGUGAUGAGGGUGGGAGAAAGAAGAUGCGAGUCAAGGCGCAGAAGGAGGCGAGCGAGGCGGAGGAGUAUGCCAAGGAGUUGGGAGUGUGGGACGAGCUUUUCGGUGGUGGCGCAAAGAAGGGCAAGAAGGCAACAGACGAGGACGGCGCCGCUGCUGCAGCGAAGAAGCGCAAAGCCACGAAGGGCAAAGAUGAGGAGGAGUCUGAGGUCGAGGUCGAAGGGGACGUCUCAAGUGAUGAAGAGGAGGGGACAGAUGGGGACGAGGACGAAGAGGACGAACGGCCGAAGCGCAAAUCGAGGAAGCAAACGUCUAGUGAUUCCACCGCAAGGAAGGGCAAAGCCAAGGCGUCCUCAAGUCGCAGCUCCGGCAAGAGCACCAAUGGUGCUUCCUCCUCUUCUACCGCUGCGAAGGGCAAAGGCAAGUCCACCGCCUCUUCAAGCAAAAAGCCCAAGCUGAGCGCCGCCGACAAGGAUAGCGAUGAAGGUGACCUGGCAGGGCUCGAAGCUCUCUUCGCCAAGCGUCAAGCGCAACGCAGCGCUGGUUUCGACGACAUGAUUGCCCGAAUGGAGGCGCGAGCCAAGAGUGAGGGCAGCGGGAGCAAGAAGGGCAAAGGAGCAGCCGCCAAGAGGAAAAAGGCCAAGGGCGAAGAUGAUGACGAUGACGAUGUUGGAGGUCCAGGCGAGACGGAGCCUGAUGAGGAAGCCUUUUUGAAGGCGAGGGCGGCUGUAGAUGCGCGCAAGGCAGCAGGAGGUGGAGCAGGGUCAUCGUCGUCGGCCUCUGGCUCAAAGAAGAAGCGAGGUGGGAAGUAAUGGACCAGCUUGCGGCCUUCUCAUCCAUCCAGAUUAAUUUCCCGUAGACAUCUUGAGUAUCUUGCACCACGUGCCUCUCCGCUACUUUGCCUCCUCAACGAAUGUGCUCAGCUUGUG